AUGUAUGAUCCAUCGGACGAUGACGACCGUCCCGAAAUUCCCAGGCUCCAAGGAGAAGAGAAUUUUGAGAUGUGGGAAUGUCUUGCCAUAAAUACCCUCAGGAUGCUUGGCCUUGAGGGGUUUAUAAGGGGUACAGAGACACCUCCCCUUGGUAACACGCCCGAAGCUAUAAACGCGCUCAGGGGCUUCAAGAACAGAAGAUGGAACGCCUGGAACCUCCUCAAUCAGAGUGUCGUGGUUGCGAGACUCCAGGGGCUUAUUUACAUCGACGGGUACGGCCCAUACGAUCAGCUGGAUGACUGCGAUCCAAAAUUCCUAUGGGAUGGGCUUACCUCCAUCCACUAUCGCCAAUUCGAUGACAUCGUUGCGUUUCUGGAUAGAGCUCAAUGGCUUCGACGGCGUCUUGAGCGUGCCGGUAUGCCAAUAGCGGAUGAGAUGAUGAAAACGUGUCUGUACGGAGGUGUGUUUCCGUCCUACCACAGCAAUACUUUGGAAACUCGAAUAAUCGAGCGGUACAACGAUUUAAACUCCCAAGAAAUGAUGUCGGGUAUGAGAAAGUUCAGCGACGCCAUCCAAAGAGAAUUGAACUCUUAUCAACAGGAGCAACAAGAAAUCAAUAGGCGGCGCAAUUUCAAUGGACAUCCCUCCGGGCAUGGCGGCGGUUCAAGACAAGGCGGUCGUCGCUAUUGA